AUGUUAGGACUGACUCAGGCCUUCAAUAUUAUAAUUUUUUGUACAGGUACGGGGAAAUCUCAGUUCCUCAAAUUUGCUGCAAAAUUAAGCAACCGAUCUGUCAUCACAACUGGUCUGGGAAGCACUAGUGCUGGACUGACUGUUACUGCUGUCAAGGAUGGUGGGGAGUGGAUGUUAGAAACUGGGGCCCUUUUUCUAGCAGAUGGAGGUCUUUGUUGUAUUUACGAAUUUGAUAGUAUGAGAGAACACGAUAGGGCAACCAUAUAUGAAGCAAUGGAGCAGAAGACUAUAAGUGUUGCAAUGGUAGAGCAUUUUUGCCACAUUCGUUACCAUAACUUGAGUUUGAAUUCACGCGGAUCACUAUUUUGGAAAGUUGAGAGUUGUGAGAUUUGUGAAGUUUAUGGUGGAUGCCAUUGCCUCCUUGGAAGAAUGAAGUGGAAGAAGGCAGUAGAAGAAGAACUUUCAGCCCUUGAAAACAACAAAACUUGGGUUAUUGUCAAUCUUCCUAAAGAUAAGAAACCGAUUGGCUGCCAAUGGGUAUUUACUGUGAAAUACAAGGCAGGUGGCAGUGUUGAGCUGUAUAAGGCUGGCCUUGUUACUGCUCUUAGUACCAGGACAAUUGUUUUUGGGGCAACAAAUCCCAAAGGACACUAUGAUUCUGAUCAACCUCUUUCUGUCAAUACGUCACUCUCUGGUCCCUUACUAAGUAGAUUUGAUAUUGUCCUUGUCCUCUUGGAUACAAAGAACCCUGAAUGGGAUGCAGUUGUAUCAUCACACAUUCUGGGUGAGGGAGAAUACAAAAAUGCCAAGCUGGAUGAAGAUCUAGCAAAUAUCUGGCCACUUUCUAUCCUUUGGUGGUAUAUUGGCUACGCAAAAAAACACUUCAAACCAGUGCUUACAAAAGAGGCCAAAAAGGUUAUCUCAAGUUACUAUCAACUCCAAAGGAGAUCAGCCACACAUAACGCAGCAAGAACAACAGUGCGCAUGCUUGAAAGCUUGAUACGCCUUGCUAAAGCACAUGCGAGGCUUAUGUUCAGAAAUGAGGUCACCAGAUUAGACGCCAUAGCAGCCAUUUUAUGCAUUGAAUCAUCCAUGACCAUCUCUUCUAUUAUAGACAGCAUAGGGAAUGCCCUGCACUCCAAUUUCACCGAAAACCCUGAUCAGGAAUAUGCCAAGCAAGAAAAAGUAAUUCUUGAAAAGUUCAGUUUGGUUGAUGAGUCCCAGGAAUCAAAUGGCUUGGGAGGCUUCUGCUGAUGGAAAAUUUGCAAGAACAUGGAAUCAUCCUUGUUGCUUUUCGGAUUGCGUUAACAGCCGUAAGCUGUUCUUAUAGAAAAUUUACCUUUUUGCACUUUGCUAGGAUAGCGAAAUGCUAGUCUUGAAGUAGAUGUUGAGAAAGUUCAGAA